AUGGCAAGUUUGCGUGAGAAGAUGAAGUUUGGAGGCCGUGAGGGCCGCACGUCUCAGGACACCACGAAAGAUCUUUUGGCUGCGUCAUUUGAAGACACCAGCCUUCCCAAUUCGCACGGCAUCCCCAAUGGCCGAAAUGCUGGCGCCACUUUUGAAGGCAGCCACAAGAAUUCAGUGGAAAGUCAAGUUCCAGAACCAAGUGCUGGAGGUGGACAACGCAAAGGAGUUCAACCUCACACUGCACGAAAGAUGGUUCGAAAUGCAGCAGUUCUUGGUGCGAUGGUACUGGCUCCAGUUCAGUGCCUCAUGAACCAGAUCUCCCAGGCCACUGACUUCAUUGAAGUGGCCUGCGCUCCAACUUCAAGUCUGACGGCGUCUAUGGAAGCUCUUGGACACAGUGCGUCAGCCCCUCUUGACAACAUCCCACUGGGCACCAACCCCAAGAAGGCGUUUGGUGGCAUGCUUCGCCUCAAGGAAAGGGCGAAGGUUGCUUUUGAGGCCGAGAGUGCAAAGGCAAGACUUUCAAAGCUGAACAACACCAUCCCUCAGCCGACCGUGACUUACAAGCCAGGAGCUGAAGUUCAACUUGAACCCGGCCAACAAGCUGGUCGUCCAGACAGUUGGAAGAUCACCAACUUUGAGAGCAAGAAAUGGUUGGUCCGGAUUCAUUCUCUUCCACGUAUCUCCUUGUUCAUUCCAAGCAAGACACAAACCACUCCUGUCGAUGAAGACAUGCUGACCGGCAUCCGCAAGACCAAGUUGAAGGGACUUCACCCUCAAGCUGAACUUGUGGAGAUCAAUGACGACUACAAGGAAAGUGAUGAUCCAACACGGUCACUUCAAGACAGGUGGACAGGAGAAACCUGGUUUGAGAUGCGUCCUGCAGCACAAGACCCAGUGCUGAAGAGGCCUCGCAAGACACCCAAGAGUGGGACAAAGCGGAAGCCUGAGGAGGAAGCUGAGGAUUUGAGAUCUUCAGCCAGUCAAGCAGCUGGAUCUGAUAUUCCAGCCAUGCCAGCACAACAGCCACAGGGAGAUGAAGAUGCGAAUCAACAAGGCGUCAUGAUCCCUGACGUCCCCAACAUCAGUCCUCUGACCACGGCACUACGAGACAAAGGUGCCAAUGCAGUGGAUGGAGUUCCUGCAUCCAGAGGCGGCUCUUCUUCGAGCACGAUGCGGUGCUCAAUCAGCUCUUGCGUUUUGCGAGGGGGUCACCAAGGUCCACAUGAAGAUGUGGCCGGAGAACGUUUUGUACAGACUUCAGAUGGAAAGAGCAUGAAAGUGGAUGAAGAAGGUUCCAACAGUAGUUCCAGUUCAAGCUCAGGUUCGUCAGAUGAGUUGGUGCCCGACGAGGCCAUACGCUUCAACAAAGUUGUCAAGUUCAAUGCGGUUGUGCACACCAACCAAGUUUUGCAGAAUGCCCAGGCUAUAGAGCCCAACCAAGUUUCAAAGAAUGACCUGGCCACAAAGUCCUCUGCAGUUUCUGAACCAAAGGAUGUGUUUUAUGCGUUUGAGGUUCCUAUCAAACCCUCUGACACCACGUUCCUGACCAAGAACCCAGAGAAGUCAAGGCGAAAGCUCAAGAAACGUGAAUUGGAAAAGGCAGCCAAGGAUCUUGAGACGUUUUUCGUGUCAGAAGUAGGAAAGCUUGCAAGAGCAAACAAGUGGCUCUGGCAAGACGAAGAAGAUUCCAGAAGUAUGGGUGAUGAGAGUUUCCAACUUGACAUGUUCGAACAUCCUGACAUGACCAAUCCUGAUUAUCCACAUGGACCAGAAAGAUUCGUCCGAAGAGCCGUCCGACGAUUCCGCGCGCCGCUGGGAUCCCGGCCAAUGCAGCAAACGGUCGUUCGGAUGUUCAAAAUCCACGCGGUUCCCCAGAAGAAAGGGCACGGCCGGCGCAGCGCGCGGAGCGCGCGGAGUGCGCGGCCGCGACCUGUGGCCACAGGUGCUUGGUCCGAAGACCCCAAGACGGUGAAACCGGAGCGCGAAUUUGUGUACUACACUGAUCGCCAAAACUGGGAAGAAGAAGCAGAGAUCGACACUCGGAGGCUUCAGGCGCGCUGGCAGUCCCGAGACAUGGAUCGAUGGAUGGAAGAGAAGCGAAAGGUGAAGCUUCGAGAGGAAGAAAAACUCAUGGAAGAGCGCAUCAGAAGAGAAGCCUACGGCGAGGCAGAUGGAUCUCAGGCGGUGGAGACGCUGGAGCUGCCCGGGUGGCUGCAACCCGUGACGACCUUGAGCUUGGUUGUAGCCUUUGUGUGGAACCGAACCUUGUUAGGCAUCCCUCCCCGCGGUCGCAUGCCAUCCCUCAACUCCUGGAUGCGUCGGAUGCCGCCACGACCGAAGCAGCUCUCGGUACAGAAACUGGCGCAGCCCAGCGACGGCGACGACGGCGUGAGCGGUGCCAUGGUGGAUGCUGUGCAACUACGGCCAGCCACGUCCUUAUCCAGCAUUUGGGAGGCCUAUCUCUUUGCAGGACAAUUUUCAGACAUUCCAGUGGCACUACAGUUGUUGGAGUUUCCGCAGGCCUUUCUGGAUUGGCGGAGAAGCAGUGGAUUGAUCCCAGGUAUGGCAAAUCGCCCGAUAGCUAUCGAUCCCAUCUUCAGCCGGAAAGAGCUGCCAGACUCGGAGGAUGAAGUGGUGCGAGCCUGUGAUGAGAUGUUGGACUCCUAUGGUGGCGUGCUGCUUGCGGUCACCGAGACCGGCGCGGGAGCGACAGAGCUCCUGCUUGGGACGCUGGCACUACGUGUGAAGUGGCUGCCCCAAAGCUGUCACAUCAGAGAGGAUGAACCUGGCGAAAGGGUGGUGCGAAGUGUGCCCUUUUCGCGCGUGUGUGAAGCGGCCCUGGGCCUUGAAGCUGUGGCCUACCUGGAGCAGUUCGCCAUCAGCGAGGCCUGGCGUGGCUCCGGCCUGGCGCAGAAGAUGCUACGCGAGGCGGAAGACUUGGCCAGGAGCUGGGGAUUAAAGAUCCUCACCUUGCACGUGCAGCGGGAUGACUGGCAGCCCUUGCGUUUUUCAUGGACUGUUGACAAGGAGAUGGCUCAGAUGACAAGUGCCAAUCUGCCAGGCUUGGCAGAAGUUGACGAUGAGGAGCAGUUGAAGGCAGAAGAGAUUGAAGACGAAAGUCUCAGUGAAGGCGAGGAAGCGAUUGAGCCACUGCCACCGAAGGCCCGCGUGGUGCCCAUCAUUUUAAAGACCAAGAGUGUGAGUCAGUUCGACAUGCUGAUGGAAGAAAUUGAACGUGUCGGAGACUUUGCGCGACUGCGGAUUGUCAUCGUACAUGGAGGACUUGGUCCUGUGAUCCCCAAGGAUAUCGUUCAUGCUGAAGUCGAAAAGCGUUAUGGCUAUUGUCCGGUCUACGCUUUCCAGGUGGGUGUCCAUCCAGUAGCCCUGGGGCAAGCGCAUGCAGAACAGAUCGACAUUCGGCGCUUCAAUGUCUUCACGGAGCUUCUGGAAGAUUUGAUGGAACGCUGUGGUCGCAUCAAUCAGAAGAAUGUCGACAAGCGCUACAUCGACUCCUUGAAGGAAGACAGGCCUCUUUGA